CUGCAUCUAGUGGUGGAAUAUCUCAUCGAUCGUUGAAUUAGCUCUCAGUACUCUCGCAUCUACCAUUCCCGAAGACUCAGGCAAUUGUUAUGAUGGCCACCAGCUGCAAGAACGCAUCAACCAUCAUGCCGGGCCCAACGGCGGAUCCUCAGCUGAACCAAUCGACAACACUCGAAAGUCGGUCUGCUUCCAACGAUAAAGCAGUAGUUGUCGGUAUAUACGGGGUUCCCGGCUCCGGCAAGACAUUUCUCCUAGACCAGCUGAAGCAAGAACUCGGGCAAAAGCAUUUCGAGUUCUACGAAGGCUCCGAGAUGAUUGCCAAUCUUGUUCCCGGCGGUCUCAUCGCAUUCCAGAAACUGGACAAGCCAGAGAAGCUGCAUUGGCGCCAGCUUGCCAUCCACACAAUCGGAAAGGAAUGCGCCGACAGUGGACGGGUUGCAGUUGUCGCAGGACAUUUCAUGUUCUGGCCAGAGGAGGAGGAAGCUGGACAGCCAGUGUAUACUCAAGCUGACCUGCGCACAUACACGCACGUCCUCUACUUGGACGUUCCUGCUGAACUCGUCGCGCAACGUGUUCUGGACGACACGGAAAGAAGUCGCACGCUUCCAUCCAUCAACCAUCUACGCAGAUGGCAGCAGGCCGAACAGACCCAGCUGCGCCGUCUCUGCCGUGAUCAUGGUAUUUUGUUCUCGCUCGUAUUCCCGCAUCCAACCUUGCUGAACAAAGUCUCGAUCUUGCUACGUGAUUUUCAACAUCACACCGAGGAGUACAACCUGACUCGCGCCGAAAGCAGGAUAGACGAGGUCCUUGUCGCUGGGAAAGGACAGCUGGAGACGGUGUUGGUCAUGGACGCCGACAGGACGUUAGUUGCAAAGGACACUGGCGCGUUGUUCUGGAAGAUGGUCUCCAACUCUCGGCAGUCGAGGGACGAGGAAUGUCAAUUGAAGACGUUAUUCAGCAGCCCACUGGGUUACUCGUACACUGCGUUUCGCCAGGCCGCUUUGCUGUAUGAAGAGGCCGCCAUGGAUGAAGAGUUUAAUGUCCUCUGCGAUCACGUAGCAUCGAUGAUGACUAUUCAUCCCGAGUUUGUGUCGCUGUUGCAACUGGCAAAGGAACAAGAACAUGUUGGCGCGGUGGUUGCUACCUGUGGGUUACGUCGUGUCUGGGAGAAAGUCCUGGAGAGAGAGGGUAUGUCCGAGACGGUAAAAGUCAUCGGCGGAGGGCGUGUCGCAGACGGGUUCGUCGUUACUGCUGCAGUUAAAGCCGCCGUUGUUGCCCGUUUAAGAGAUACCCACCACAUGUACGUUUGGGCGUUUGGAGAUAGUGUGCUGGACUUGCCAAUGUUGAGCAAGGCAGAUCAAGCCAUUGUAGUGGUUGGCGAGGAGCAGACCAGGAGUAGGACCAUGGAUGCAGCAUUACUAAACGCCAUCGACAAUGACGGCCUUCGAGCACGACAAGCUUUGAUACCUAGUAAUGUGCCACCACGUCUGGACACCACCCAGCUUCCUCUGAUCCAGCUCACGGACCCCGAGUUUAUCGAUUCUAUCAUCCACCGCCGUAGUCGGCAUCCUCUCCAUGUCCUCCAUGCAACAGACAGAAACGCGGCCAAGCUGCUCAUGACCCCGAUGCGCGAUGCAACAGUUGCCGGCCCGGCCCUGCGGGAAGCCCAUUGCCGUGUAGGAUGGUAUCUGGCGACUGAAUUCUUGACGGAAAUGAUUGGGUUGGAGGAGUAUUCAAUUCCGCACGUUCAGGGCCACCACACCAGCGGCUAUCGACUUUGCCACGAGAAGAACACAUCAAUUGUAGCGCUGAUGCGAGGAGGAGAAGCUAUGGCUCUCGGCGUCAAUGAAGCCUUCCCCCGCGCGAUGUUCGUCCACGCGAAACGUCCCGAGGACAUCGAGCCCCAUCAUCUGCUAAGACAGCACACUGUCAUGCUAGUCGAUUCGGUGGUGAACAGUGGCAAGACGGUAGUGAACUUUGUCCGACAUGUCCGGAGUCUGCAUGCCACUAUUCGCAUUGUGGUAGUUGCCGGCGUCGUCCAGGCCCAAUCAGUUUCCGAGGGCAGUCCCACCCAUGCACUCGCUUCUCGUACAAAUUUCAGUCUUGUUGCACUUCGCCUCUCUGACAACAAGUUCACUGGCAGAGGCACCACGGACACGGGUAACCGUCUCUUCAACACGACAUCUCUGCCCUGACUGUGAUCGUCCCCUGUCACUCAUCGUACCUCGCUAACACCACUACUACCUGCUACUACGACAGCUGCCACGCUGUAUUUUAUUUUUUUCCUAUCAUACCUUUCUUUUUUUUAUCUACAGAUUAUCUUGCGAAAUAAAUAUUUUUAUUAUUUUUCCUACCAAGAAGCUGUACUAUUCUUCAUUGUUAAUGGUUGAUGAUAAGACGGUUGUUGUCGGGGGGCGGCUGUUGCCGUAGGUUUUUCUGGUAUUGGAUUUGUACGAGUACCAGAGUAUUGAAUACAUGAAAUUUAUCGGAUUAAAAUAUAUGAUCUUGUAUAUAAUUAUUAUGUAGUUCAAGUAUCAUUAU